AACCACGGAGCCCACAUGGGCCCAAAAUCCAGGCGUGUUAUCAGUUAUCUGUUUAUCACACCGAUCGUUUUGAUUCUUCGAGACAAUUCUGUUGAAUCUGUCACACCUUGAAGAUGAAGGUGAUUCACAUACCUUGCUUGGAAGACAACUACUCAUACCUUGUGAUUGAUGAGAACACGAAGCAAGGAGCAGUAGUGGAUCCAGUUGAGCCUGAGAAGGUUAUCGGAGUUGCUAAAGAAAACGGCGUUGAACUUAAGCUUGUUCUCACUACUCAUCACCACUGGGAUCAUGCUGGAGGCAAUGAGAAGAUUAAAGAAUUGGUGCCAGGGAUUAAAGUUUACGGAGGUUCUAUUGACAAUGUGAAGGGGUGUACUAAUAAGGUGGAAAAUGGCGAUAAGCUAUCGCUUGGGGCUGAUAUUAAUAUACUCUCUCUCCACACACCAUGCCACACGAAAGGACACAUAAGUUACUAUCUGACUGGCAAAGAAGAAGAUGACCCUGCUGUGUUCACAGGCGACACACUGUUUGUUGCUGGUUGUGGCAAGUUUUUUGAGGGCACAGCAGAGCAAAUGCAUGAGUCACUGUGUGUCACUUUGGCUUCUUUGCCAAAACAAACUAAAGUUUACUGUGGCCAUGAGUACACAGUGAAGAAUUUGCAGUUUGCUCAAACAGUUGAACCGGAGAAUGCCAAGAUAUCACAAAAGUUAUCAUGGGCUCAACAGCAGAGGCAAUCAGGCCUUCCAACCAUUCCGUCCACCAUUGGAGAAGAAUUAGAAUUUAACCCGUUCAUGCGAGCUGAUCUACCUGAAGUUCAGGAGAAGGUUGGAUGCAAGUCUCCUGUUGAAGCAUUGAGGAAGAUUAGGGAGCUAAAGGAUAACUGGAGAGGGUAAUUAACUAGUUAUCAGUUAAACUUCUAUAUAGUUUUCUGUCACAUCUAUUUCAUGCAUGUUUUCUAUGUACCCGGUAUGUAAUAAUGUAUGCCGCCAGAAGGCAGUCUCUUGUUAUGUUUAACACGUCUAAAAGUCUUCGUAUUUUGGGAUUUAGAGAUGAACCCGGAUGGAGUCGGAUAUAAGACGGGUUAUGAAAAAAGUGGUUUUGUACGUGUGUAAAGGUCUUCAAGCCCGAGCUUUAUCGUACGUCGGUGGCAAGUAAAGUUGUGGUAUUUUCUUUCAUAAA